ACUGGGCCUCAGUGAAUAUUUAUAUAUUCAUAUAACAUACAAGUCUCAAGGUCACUCUUCUUUCCAAACUAAUCAAUAGUUUUUGGACCAUCUAAAAUUGAAAGAAUUUCAUGGUAUUGGAAAUAUUUUCAUUUGAUGACUGUUCUUGAUUCAGUUGGACCCUCUGCCAAAUGUUUCCAUGCACUUAAACAUCAUCUCACAAGUUCAAGAUGUAGUUUAUUUGUGUAGGAUUUUGUAAGGAUGUGUUCCUUACAAAAACGAUGUAGGUUAGCCUCACUGUUUGGAAACCUGAAAGUAGUUGAAGGUCCUCAUAGGCUUUGUUUGAACUGCUGUAGUUUGUUCUAACAGAUGUGGCGUUUGGAGUGCUGUAAACAGGAUGGGCUGCUCCUUUCUGUUCCUUGUGAAAUCAACCAGAGAACAAUGAGGAGGCUCUGGAAAGUCAGAGCACCGCUUAGGUAAACACCUGACUAACAGACAGCCGCCAUCAUCAGGCAGAUGGCAUCAUUUAGCUAGCAUUAGAUUUUGGAAAGCAAACACUAAACGGCGUGGAUUUAGAACUGGAAUAAGAGUUGUCGUAAAUGCACUGGAUUAUAAUACUGUAGCUUGUUUCCAGAUGGAAGGUGCUCCUGAUAGUGUGACAGAUGUGUGGCACAGUGGGACGUCCUUUGCAUCUCCCUGGGGAGAUUUGAGUUUUGGGACACCGAGCCAAAGGACGCUCUCUGAGGAAGAUGUUCGGCUCCGAGCGCAGUGUUGUAGAAGAAUGGCUCUCCGAAUUCAAGUCCUUACCAGAAACCCACAUUCCCAGCUAUGCUGGCAGCCUUCAUUUGAAGAAAUCUCUGGUUCCAGCUCUCUACAGAGUCAUCCAGGACCCCAACAAUGAGCUGUUGGAGCCAGUGUGCCACCAGCUGUUCGAGUUAUACCGAAGCUCCGAAGACCGCCUGCGCCGCUUUACCCUGCAGUUCCUGCCUGAGCUGGUGUGGGUUUAUCUGCGCAUCACUGCCAGCAGAGAUCGCCAGAGCAACGGCUGCAUCGAGGCCCUACUCUUGGGCAUCUACAACCUGGAAAUUGUGGACAAAGAUGGGAACAGUAGACUUCUCUCUUUCACUAUCCCGUCUUUGUCAAAACCAUCAAUAUAUCAUGAGCCUUCUAGCUUGGGGUCUAUGGUUCUGACAGAGGGAGCUCUGUGUCAACACGAUCAGAUCAGAGUGCUGUACAGUGGCCUCCACCCCCAGAGAGAGACUUUCACUGCACAGAACAGGUUUGAAGUCCUUUGUUUUCUCAUGCUGUGCUACAAUGCUGCUGUGGUCUACAUGCCCCUUUCUUCCUAUCAGUCAGUCUGCAGGAUGAGUUCAAGGUUGUGUGUGUGCGGCUUCCCCCGGCAGCAACAGAAGCUGUGGAGGGAACCCUGCAACCGAGUUCUGCUGGAUCCAGAGUUCAUGGUGCAGAUGCUGACUGCUGUUUAUCAUGCCAUAUACAAUGGGGAGUGGGAGAUGGGACGUGAAGCUCUGGAGGACAUUGUGUACAGAGCCCAGCUGGAGCUUUACUCGCAACCUCUACUGCUGGGAAAUGCCAUGAAAAGCUCGCUGCCAGAAAGUGCUCCCGAUGAUCCAAGGGGACGAAAGGUUCUCCAGGUGGAGGUGACGCCCACCGUCAGUCGGAUUUCCAUCUCGGCAAUCACCACAGCCUCCAUACGGCGCCACCGCUGGAAGAGAGAGGAUUGUUUUGACUACUCAACCGGUGCAGAGUUUAGCCUCAUCGUCAGUCCUCCUAGCAGCGUCCAGCAACACCACCAUCCUCACUGGGAACCUGCAGCUAAGGAGGAAAAAGGAGGGCGGCGUCAGAGCCACCACAGCAGCAUCAGCAGCAUCAUUCCCCCCAUCACUCUUGAGGAUACUGAUGGCAUGAGUGGCGGGGAGGACUCCUUCAACAUCAACGACCCGGACGAGGGCUUCUCCUCCGGCGCUUCCAACAGCAGCCAGCCCAGCGGCACCAAAGCCGGCGGCGGCGGGGUGGGGCUGAGGGGCAGCAGCCUGAGCAGCAGCAGCAGCAGCAUUAAGAAAGCCAUCACAGCCCGACUCUCCCGAGACAGGGAGAAGGUAAGGGAGCGCGAGAGGGAGGCGGACAGGAAGCCAGAGCUAUUGACAGAUCACCAGCCCGCUGAGAGCAGGCCCCCGCAGAGGCAGCAGUCGCCCCCAAGCAGCAUCAACUUGGAGGCCAUCCACCUAAGUCCCAUCAAGAAGCACCUGAGUUUCCCCGUGGGGCCCGCUCUGGUCCGGACUGGCAGUACCUCUUCCAGCAAGUCGUUUGACUGCAUGACUUUCAAUCUGAACGGAGGCGAGGACGAGCAAGAGGAGGCGGCGCGGGGCGAGGACAAGGAGCGGGGCAUUUCAGUCGGGGGUUCGCACCGCCACUCCACCAUCAGCCUGCAGGAGGAGCACCUCGUCAGGCCAGAGGAGGCCCAGGAGCUGCUGCCCGCCGGAGCUCCUCUGACGAAGCAGUCCCGCUCCCCCAGUUUCAACAUGCAGAUCAUAUCGCAGGUGUAAUGAAACCAAACGCUCAUCCAACUCUGAGUCCCUCUUGUUUUGUGUGUGUGUGGAGGAGAAACGCGUUUGUCUCCACCUUUUUAACAUCCAUUAAACUGUAAGUUUCAGUUGUUACUGUCCGUUUCCUGAGAACAAAACGAUUCUGAAGUGACUGCAGUGGAGUGUGGAGGAGUCCAGCAUCUCCCUGCAACUUCCCAUCUGACAACACUGAUCAUUCCACACAGUCUGUCCUCCACAAGAGGAUGGAGCAGAAGAAAGGUCGUCCGGCCACUUGAUGCAUUUCAGGUUAUUGCGUUACGGACUGGAUCAAUCAAAACAAAUCUGCAAUAACGCGUCGGGAGAAAAGUGAGGAUUGUUGCUUUUUUUCUCCUUACUUCCUUCCAUUAUUCCUGAGGUCACGUGCAAUCGUUCUUGCUAGGGUUUUUUUAAUUAUUAGGUGUUACUCUGUUUUAUUUUGAAACAUUUCUUUCAGUGUGUAGAAAUUCCAUCCAAAGACUUUAGGUUUUCUUCAUUUGUAAAAAUCUGUCUCUCAAGGGAUUCUUUACAAUGUAGGUCACAAGUUUAGUCAUUUUUCCGUUGUAAUGAUACAAUCACGUCAUUUGUUAAAUCAAAAAAUCGAGGUUGAUGUUGAACCAAACUGUAAGGCGGCAAGAGUUUUACUUGCCUCAAGCUUUCAACUGGACAAAUCUUAAAGAAAAGUUACUGUGCAGCUACUCCAGAGUGUUUUUUUUUUCUUCGAUUACAAAUUUAAAAAUGUUCAAACGACACUGGAGAGUGCAGGUUAGUGUGACACUAAAGGCAAUGACUGUAUUUAGUUUGUAAUUUUUUUCUGAAUGCUUCCUGUUGAAAGUAAUUGUUGCCCGUUUAUGCUGGAACUGCAGCUUGUGUGCAGAGUUACAAGUCAAAGCUGGUAAUCUGCUGCCCUCUAGAGCCUUGUACGAGUAACUGCACAUCAUCAAGCUCUGAUGAUUGUCUUCUGUUUGGACGUUAAAGCGUUGUAGAUUUUUUUUGUUCUGUCAUAGUACGUUUUGCAGUGUGGAUACAUGCCUCCUGUGAAGACGCAGCAUCUGAAAUCUAAAUGCGAGUUUCCGCUCCAACUAGGACCCUAAGAUUUGUCUUCUAGUGGUUGAUUAAGACUAAUCAUGUCAGGUUUUUUAUUUUUAGGUUAGCCACCACCUAAAUUAUUUGAUUUCAGGACUUUUGCAUUUCUGAAACACUGUAGUCGCUCUAUUUCAAUGCACCAAAGCGUUCUUUUGUUUUCUUGGUUUUGUUGUGAUAAAUAUAAGUGCAAUUUCUUUUCUUUCUUUUUUUUAAUUCCACAUGUGAAUGGAGUUCUUCUGUGCUGUGCAAAGCCUGCGUCCGCUCGCAGUGCUGUUUAGCCUUGUAGUGCUUUCAUGCCUGGUCUGACGGAUGUGAACCGGCUGGUUGUCUGCAUGUUUUAGUGCCCUGCGAAACAACGCUGUUUCAGACGCAUGAAACGGCGGCGAGCCAAACAUGACGCUUGUCCUCGUCUUAGCCACAUGUGCCAAAAUGCAUUUUCUCUUUAAGGAUUUUUUCUCUUCUCUUCUUAAAGAUUCUUUUUAGGUUGGGUGUCUUAAUUCAAUGCCUCGUUUCCUUUAAUUAUUGGUCUUACUUCAAAGCUAGGGGACCAAAAUAUUCCAACAGCCGGUUCAGCAACCCUACCAAGAUGCUUUUUUUUAUUUUUUUAGUUCUUUCUUUUGUGCAACACGUAGUUCUUUCAGAGUUGUUGCUUGUGUUGUUCACACAUAAAAGCAGUAUAUCGUGGGUAUGUGUCCUGUAGAUGUAUAUUCUAAAACACAAGAAAAUAAGCGUUGACGGUGCAGUGAAUGAUCUCAUGCUGCUGCUGCUGUUUGAAGCGAGUCCCGCCUGUGCUUCAGCCUUAAACAUUUCCUAAAGCCUCUUUGGCCUCGCCUCCCUGCUGGACUCUAGCAGUAGAUGGGAAGGAGCAUAUCUAGUUCUUGCUGUCACCACCUGGCGUCUGCUUUCAUCCCUGUGUUGUGGGCCUCCCCCUCUAGCAAGCUGUGCUCCCAUUUGCUGUUUUUUUUUUUGCUGUGAUGUAAGUGACACCUUUGCGCUGUUUUCAACCUGGUGACGUGUUCGUGUCUUUAUACCCCGACCGGGGUUUCCGGCAGCCAUGUUGGGUCUGUAUCCUUACUUAGAGUAACCGUUAUCCCUCAGUCUGUGGUGUGAUUUGCAUGUGAUCAGGAUGGGAAAUCAACAGCAGCCUGCGAUUGUCAGAUUAUCCUUCAGGUUUGCAGACAAAUAAGCUUUUAUUUCUAAAAAGAUUUUUCAAGUAGAUUUUUAAUGAAAGUAGAUUUGCUGUUAGUCGUUGACUGGUUCAUUUCCUGUCUUGCAUAUGAUAACUGUGGGCUUUGUUUUCUGCAGUAUAAUGCACUUUAAUCCAUCCACCUCUAAAAACAGUUAUAAAAAUGUCAUAUAUAUAUAUAUAUAUAUAUAUAUAUAUAUAUAUAUAUAUAUAUAUAUAUAUAUAUAUAUAUAUAUAUAUAUAUAUAUAUAAAUAAGGGAGAUAUGUGUAUACACUUAGUGCAGGGUUUUAGUCUCUUAAACGUAGUGCUUCUAUGGAGUGUCUCAUGCAACGCAAAUAUUUUUGUCCAAAAAUACAGCUAUUUAUUUAUUUUUAUUUAAAAAUUCUCCAUUUGGAAAAACCAAAAAAAGGACAAACUUACGGGAACUGGAAGGUCUCAGGACUUUAUCAAAAAAGAAAAAGCCACAUUUUUGAAAAUGGCAGCACCGCAAUUUUUGUUUGACAUGAUUAAUUCUAUGCAACAUUUUUCCCUUUUUUUUUUUCUUUUUUCUCUUUCUUUUUAAUGUUUUGGCUCUCAUUGAUCUGUGGUGGGCAGCAGAACACGCUUCAAAAAGGUGUGAUUCCUCAACCUGGCUGAAAGGUUCUGGUGUAGGACGGAGAAACGUGGAGCAUGUAUUUGUGGUUUGCUGCACGCCGAGCCCUCCUGUCGGGCUCCUGCUCUCGGAUUUGAGUGGCGUUUGAAAUGUCAACCGAAUAGCAAUGAUAAAAUUAUAAUAAAUGUUCCAAGGGAAGCUGCUGGAUUAUAACUAUGUAAUAAUUAUCUUGUAUAAAUGGAGAGAGAGACCUAUUUUAAUUCCUGUAAAUAAAAUGUACAAAGUUCAAAGCAAGAUGAAUAUAAAAACUGAAUAUAAUUCUGAGAUGUAGAAAGAAGUUGAUCUGUAUAUUGUUGAAUAAAUAUUGUGCUGUAAAA